GCCCGUCUUUAACAGAUUCUAGCGCGCUACAGAAUCUCUGGAGCGCGUGCCAGUGUGCGCGCGAGCGUCAGUUGAUUUUCCCUAAAAACCAUCACGCGUACAAAAGCCGUUCUCCGCCAGUAACGCGUGCCAACGAUUGGCAGAUCAUUUCCAGCAUUUAGCAAAUGAAACCACGUGCAAGCAUCUGCUCGCUCCAAUCAAUUGAUGUAAACUGAGCGAAGCGGACCUUUGUGGGAGCAAUCGCGUUUCAGUGGCGCGGAGGUAGAUCUCUAUUAGUGAGUGUGGAGCCCAUUGAAUUUGUUGAAAGGGAAAAAUACGGUCAUUUAAAGAGUGUGGAAACGGAUAUUACCGGGUGCGCCUAAUUAAUCAGCCGUUGUAUACGAAUUUGGCAAGCUAACGGAUUAGACUGUGCAUAGUCAAUAGUGUUUUAUAUGCCAAAUAGCCUAUUUUUACCUGGAUGCAUGGAGUAUUAUGCGAUUUCUUUUCUCGUUGGAGUGUAAUCACGCAUGGUCGAUAUUUUUGCUAAUCAUUGGAGACGUCCACUCAAUCCUUUCACCUUUUUAUGACUUGUGACUCAAUGAAAACUAUAUUUUGAAACUGUCAUUUUUUUCUAGACCACCCAGGACGAUUGGGGACUUAAUUCGCCUCCGAAUCACCAAUGCCACAAAACUGCGUCUUUUUUUCUACGAACCGAGAAGAGCUGUAAAGAAGCGCAAGACCCCAUCUCUGUGAACACUGCGCGUGCUGCAUCAUCUCAUUCAGUUUGCUGUCAGCCAAGAGAGCGGCAUCAAUAACUUUGAACGGUUAUUGUGUCACAUUUCUUUCGGUUUCCGCGUCAUUUUCCACAGACUGGAAGCGGGCAGCUGUUGCAACACACGCAGUGAAAACCCAAGACUAGCAAAGGAAACCAGAAGCCAAGACGAAGAGCCAUCAGCCUGGAUAAAAACCGCUUGGAGUCCCAGCCAGGAAAACAAGUCGUCUUCUUUUCUAAAGCAGAUGAACUGUCAAUGUUUUUUGCGAGCCAGGGGCUUUUUGAAAGGAUGUUGAUUUGCACAGACUGAAGAUUUUCUCUUUGACUCUUUGCUACCAAAACCAGUGCCAAACACUAACUGUGCCAACCAGAAGCAAGAAAUUAUUUCACCAGUAAUUUGUUAAGCCAUUAACCUCAAUUUACAUAACAGUUAAAUUUUUUUUUAACCCUGUUUUCACUGUCCAUUAUAAUACAAUAGCAUGUCAAAUCCCCCAUGGUCGAAAGUUUGUGUUUCCAUCUCUAAGUUACAGUCAAAAACAACAAACCGCUUUUGCUUCCCAGAAUAGGGAGAACAGUGCAUUAUUGGUUAAACAUGCUUUAUGUAAGAGUGGCCGUUACGAAUGCAUUAGUCUGAGAGAGUUCGACUCCUGAUCGAUUGAUCGAUGGAUGGACAGGCUUAUGGAUGGCUGGCACAAGCCUCAUUAAACUUUCCAAAGUGAGCUGCUGCUAAUUCUGUUGAUUAGUCGUCCAUUUCACUCACUAAAGUCCGUUGAACUCUUCCUCUCCAUCAGAAGUCAUCCUGCUCUACGGACCCUGAGCAGAACUUUCAGGAGUCCCUGAUACCGAAGCCAUACGUCUCAUAGCCAUACUAACGUCAAGAUCCCUGCCAUCGCUGCAUGCAUUGGUCAUUCUAAAAAAGCAAGUGCAUGGGUAUAUUCAGGAAUAUUUUUAGAGGUCUGUGUAUUUGAUGGUGGUCCAGGGGCUUGACGUUUCGUAAUUUGCCAUAUUCACCAGCGAGCCAUUGACGCGUUUACUGUGUUGACAGUGGGACGACAUUUAAAGUUGUCCCACUACUUGAAAAGACGCUUUUUCAUACUUAGGAUAGGUCUAUUGGUACGUUUCCACGUAUUCCACAUUGACGGAUGAAUCCCGACUUGUUCAUGCCUGUUCAGUGGGCUCAACCAUGCUGUCCUGUCAGAACUGGGCCCAAGCCCCCGUUUGUUUUAUUCUGUUGGGUUGAGCUAAAUCCAGAGCAGAGACACUCACGCAAGAGGGUCCAACACACAUAGGCCCCUGACCUUUACCUAGACUUGGUCCAACUUUCCGUUUCCUCUCUUCCUAUCCCUUAACACUUCUUCCUUUCUGGCCUGACUUGUGUCAUCAAACCAGGAACUAAUAUAUUUACCUGCUGCUUGUAACACUUCGCGAGUGCCCUAACCGACCUACACUCUUUCAAAGCCUUCGUAAUGAGCCUUUGUUCCGUGGUGCCACCUUUAGAGAAAAUAUCAGCUCUUCCCCACCUCUAAACUCUAAAAAGUUAAACACUCUUUCAUUGUUCCAUCCUACCUUCAUCUUAAAUCUCAGUGGCAUCCCUCUGAAAGUCGACGUAACUCACUUUCUUUUUUCUCCAGAGAACUGACACUGUUAGCCUGAUUAUUUGGACUGCACAACAGAACCUCAAUGACCUUGAAAGGUAGUCUCGCAAGACAUUCUCAUUGACAAUAUAAGCCUAAAGCUCUGUUCAACUGAGAUUUGUUUACAAAACGAAAUCAGUUCUUGGAACUGACAAUGACAAUUGUUUACAAAUCACAUGGUGGUUGUAGUAACUGUCUCUAUAUAUUUAUGGUUGUUUAGUGAGUCAACAACUGAAGUGCCAACCAGAAUAGAGGAUAUUUAGUAAAACAGUUUACACUCGAGCAGAAAUGUUUACAUGUUGCCCGUAAGGUGAACUCAGAUUGAGUAUUGAAUGAAUUGUUAGUUCCAUAGCUCAGUUUAGUAAACAAAGCCAGCUUUUGAGAAGCUGCUGUACCCCUGUCACUUUAAGACGUUUACAUUGUUCAAAUAUACAUUUUGUUUACAAGACUUAAGUACUUGCAACAGAAGAGUCAAACAUUUUUGUUUUGUGUUUGGCAUUCGAGUCAUUUUCAUAUGCAUAAAAAGUUGAAUUAAGAGUAAGAAUUUCCUCAUAUUUAAUCUGUGCCAAAUCAAACUCGUCAGACAUUCCACCUUUCACCCAUUAAGCAUUAAACUUGUACAUAGAUUUACCUCAUUCCUGUUAAUAGUUUCCUCAGAAAUAUGUUUACAUCCUAACCAAGAGUCUCAUGCUUUUUUUCUUUAACCUGAACUUGCGCACUUGGAUGUGCUUUUUGCAUAUGAAAUUAUUUGCAUACUAGUGUAUGCACAUGUGAAAGAGAGAUUAACUUGUCUACAUGUCUUAUAUAUUGCCAUACUGACUUGCAACUUUUGAUAGGUGCCAGUUUUUUGUAGUCCUCAGAAGUCUUUUGCAAGAAGGCUUCACUUUUUUUCAUCUUUGAUAAAAGAAUAACCCGCCCCCAAUCAAGAUGCCACCAGCUGCCAUCUUGCUUUUCUUCCUGUUUGGCCCUUUGGUCUCCGCAGUGACUCUUACCUCUGAACGCUCCUCAGUGAAUGGGGGGCCGGUGCUGCUUCUGUUGCGAGGACGUGGCCGUAAGGCCCCUCCGCCUGAUGUGCAGGGCAAACAGGCCGCCGCAAUGGCGGCAGAGCCAGAGGCAGCCGAGAUCCCUCCAAGGCCCCUGCCGCAAAUUAUGCUUCCCCUCAAUGUGACAGACUAUGCCCUGAAGCCCCCGCUGGGAGCCGCACAGGUGGCACCUCCUCCUCAGCGACUGGUGGACGUGGAUGUGUGUCAGGGCUACUAUGACGUGAUGGGACAGUUUGACAAUACUUUUAACUGCACCAAGGGCACCUACGUCUACUGCUGCGGCACCUGCCACUAUCGCUUCUGCUGCGAGCACCAACGGCAACGUCUAGACCAAGACUCCUGCACUAAUUACCGCUCACCUGACUGGGCCGUCACGGCGGGACCCAUCACCCAGCCCCCGGUCCGGCACGACCCAGAUUUUGACCCGCUGCAACAACAGAGCAACAACACCGCUUACGUCAUUGGGGGAGUCAUCUCUUUCACCAUGGCCGUAGCCAUUGGGGUUAAAGUGGCCUUCCAUAAACUGUCUCGACGGCCGAGGAACAGAGACAUCAACAUGCCUAGAGCUCUGGUGGACAUUCUGCGUCACCAGUCCAGUCCGGUCCAGCAAGGAGAGAGAAACAACAGCACGGUCCUCACAACCGCCACCUCCAGCGAGGGCACCCUAGGGCGCCAGGCGAAAAACUUCUACGCUCCUGUCCUCCAGAGCAAAGACAACCGGACUGGGAAACACAGUUUUGGCCAGACUGGGUCCAGUCCUAAACACACUGCUACUAUCGAGCGAGUUCCACGCAUGAACAACACCCAGCUGGCCUCCACAGGAACACUGCUGUCCAGCAAGCACAAUAAUUCCGGUUUCCACCCCUCCUUCUCUCACUCCUUCCACAACCUGGCCCAGCUACCUCCAUCAUACGAGACGGUGAUGAAACCAGAGCUUAACCGCUACAGCUCCCUCAAGAGACUGGAGAAAAAUCUGGAUGAUUAUUCUGGGUAUUACACCUCCAAGAGAAGGCCGAACAAUGCUCCGCCCAGCUUUCACUCCUCCCAGCACCACCUACCCUGGGGUGGUGACUUCACACUGGGUGCCCGCGGUACUCUACCGCUAAACACGUCCCGCACGCGCAUUCACAUGCCAAGCACUACUUCCACCCCCAACCCCUACCCUUUACCCCAGACGCAGUACAACCCUACAUUCGACACGAUGAGCAAACCCCCUCGCCGGGUGAUGUCCCAAGACCAGCUUCUGGCGCUGGGGGAGGGGAACACUCUCUCACGCCUCUCCAAGAACCAGCAGCAUCUGUACUACAAACCAAUGACCACCAGCAAGAGCUCGAACACCCAGACUCUGCGCAAGUCUCAUGAACGCCUCCUGGUGUCCCCGGACCGCCUGGAGGAGCGAAUGAUGGGUGAUUAUGGUGGGAUGGUGCCAACCAUGUCCCGUCUCAGCCACCACCAGAAGGCGCAAUCCCAGCAGAACGUGUGUGUGACCCCUUCCCUAGACCGGCAUCACAUGAUCAAAAUGAAUUCGCACCCUACCUCUGGUCGUGAGCAAGACCAUCCUGCCAUUCCGUCCGGUCAUGGGACUGGGACUUUGGGAUGGGGGGAGAUCCACGGCUCUGGGGGAGGACCCGGAACAAUGGGGCACAACGCACGCCGGAUGGCCUUCGCCACGAAACGCCAGAACACCAUCGAACAGCUGCACUUUCUCCCUGGAGGUGGCGGAGGAGGAGGAGGUGCAGGACAGGCGUUGAGGACGGGGAGCAAGAACGAAGUGACCGUGUGAGCGCAAAAAGAAAGGAGUUGAUGGAAAGAUGAGGUGUGACUGCGCAAGCCGAAGGGAAGGAAGAUGACGGAGUGCAAAAAAGGCUGAAGACAGAAAUGGAGAAGGAAGGGGGUCAGGAAUGAUGCCCAUAUGAAGGGGUACACAGUGUAUUGCAAGAGAGAGGAGAAAGAGGGAUAUGAAACUAUAUCAUAAACUUUUCUGUAGAUCCCUAAAUUGCCAAAUUCUUAAUCAAUAGAAACCUAAAGAGGGGUUUAGGUCGCCUCUGAUCUGUGUGUAGCAUAUAGUAUUUCGAUCACACCAUUCAGGCAUGGAGAUACAAAAGCUAAUAGGUUCAUUAUUAGAAUAGGCCACGUUUUCUCUAGGUUGUACAUUCCAGCUAAUGUAAAAACCAAGUGGUUCAGAUUUGUCUGCUUUUAAUCCAAUGGCAGAGAAUUGAGUCUGAUUUUGCCAAAUUUCGGGGGUUUCAAACUAAGUGUUACUUUCAAACAAGUGUUGGGGGUGUUUCACACCUUCAUCACUAAAACAUGGAAACAUUGACAAGUAUUGGACGAGACUGGAGAGUGUCCAAUAGUACACUGAAUUACCUCAGAGAAACCGGAAUCCAGAUUCAAAUCGACUUGGGAAUUAAUGGAGUUUGCCAUCAAGUGAAGAAAGUCCUGGUAAUUCGUCAACGAGUUGAACUGGAAGGACUCGUCACGCGUUUUGUGACCUGACUCUUUAGUCUGCACUGUUAAUGUAAAGUCCAAAUGUCAUCAGCCAUAUAUUAGAGCUUAUUCAAAUGGAAAUACAACUGAGGAAAACAUUGUCAUUGGGAGACGGGUGUUAUACUGAUGAUGAGAUUUUUCUGCCUCUCAUACUGAGACUGUGAAUCAAAGUCGACAUGAAAUACUUUCUUUUUUUGCAUUGUGGAUAACAUUUAUAAUAGGCUGUCAGAUCGGGUCUUGUGAUCUGAACUAAAAAUGUUCGGAAAGCCAAUUCAGCCAUUCAAAUCUGAUAGAAGUCAUGCCUCAUUCUUGCAUGUUUGACCAAUCAGAGAACAGCUUCCUAUAUGACGGCAUCAAUUGGAGUCGUCACGGUUGUUCUGGUAUUUACAAGCGUUUAGAGCUGAGAUUUAAUCAUGAGCAUGCAGUAUGACAAAUAAGACAGAGUAGUCUUCACACUUCAUUUGCAACUCGAGCUGUUGUAUUAACGGGGGGGGAAACGGGGAAAGGGUUUGCUCAUACAGUGAACGUUUUAAUCCAAGGGCUAUUCUGAAACUCCUUCAUGUGUGUCUGUGCUUCCGUGUUCUGACGGCUUUUUAUCUUUUCCUGUGACACGGCUGUGCAGGACAUUGAGGCUACAUGCCAAUGAGUGUACAAAACAGAAAAACAGAACAAACUCUGCAAAGCUACUUUGUCACACUAGGAUGCAUUAUUAUCUAAGCGACGAGUUAGAGGAGUUAAAAGGUGUCUUGUUUAUCUAUAUUAUAUUCAAGAAAGAUGUCUUUUUAGUUAGCGAUUUCUGUGUUUUUCAGCUGUCUCCACAUCAAACGGACACUGUUGUGGUGGAAUGUCUGAGAAGGACCUGGCUGAGUGAGAUUUCUGGGCCAUAAUAUAGUAUUUUAGAUCACUCUGCAAUGUUUAAGCUUUUAUUACCUUUAACUGAAGUUAACAAUGUUUAAAAAAAAAAACGAUUUUAAAAGAUAACUGAACCCCGAAUGUUCAAAUAUGUACACUUGCCAAUUUAUGCGCAUAAGUCAUCAGUAUUCUUCAUAUUCUUGAUUAUCCUUUUAUUUACUUUUCCUCCGUGUGAAUUCAGACAUUGUUUUUUAUACCUGUUUUCUGUUUGAGUUUCUAGUGGAUUCUAACCUUUGUAACUCGACAAAAAAAAAAGCAGAUGCAAUCAUAGUGAAAAGACAAAACGCAUGAAGAUGUCAAAGCCAGUGUUGAUGAUGUCAUAUUGCUGACUUCUGAUGUCAAGGUGUGUAUGUGUCCAGUUCGUGUGUCUGUAUUUGUGUGCUUGUGUGUAUUUCAGUGUCUAUUUUGGAAUGCUUUAUCUCGCAUUUUAUCCGACUCUGUCGGAGAAUGUGCAUUUCAGAAAACCCAAAAUGUAAUUUUAUUUUUUAAGUAAGUGUCUCUUUGAAUGCAAAAACAACUAAAAUAUUAAUAAUAAUUAAGAAUAAUAAUUUUCCAUUGCUGCAUUCACCAAAGUUAUGGGAAGUAAACAACCACCAGAAUAGUUUCUGUAUUUAUUUUGAGAUUUUUUUUUUAUUAUAAUUGUUCUUUUUUUGCCAUGAUAUACAUGAAACCUGUUGUAAAUUUUCUGGGGGAAAUGCCAAAAUGCCAUGCAUAAAAUAUUUAACAGCAAAAACUUUACGUAUUGUUAUUUUUAAAUAAAAUCCUCACCAUUAGGUAAAAUGCUU